UUUUGGCAUUUUCUCUCAGGUUGUUGAAGAAGAAUACAUUAACGGGACCGUUCCACUACCGACCAAUGGCUUAUAUACUUGGUGAAAGUCUCAAAACUUUUCGAAGCCUCUUUUGUCAAUCUCGACGUGCUUUAUCUGUUAUUCCAUAAAAUUCGAUACCGACUCAUAAAACGACCAUGGUUCUUGAAAGACUCGCACCAAAUCAUGUUGAUAAUGCACCAAGAGAAGUGUCUCUUGAAAGAAAGGGGCGGUCCUUAUCACCACCAGCUGCUUUCUCUCGUCGUUUCUCUCUUAGUCCGAGUCAAUCACGAAAGCGGAAACCACACACAAACCACACAAACCCAUCGUCAUUAUCUCCGAAAGGUCAUGAUCUUUCCCGAGGACGUUCAUUGACUCUAAUUACACCUGAGCGUCCAAAAAGACGAUCCCACUCAUCUUUCGGAAGGCUUACUCAAAACCGCUGGCCUUCGUCACUUGGUUCCUGCGCUUGGGAUGUAUCAGAGCAUGUUCUUGAAGCUCUUACAAGUACCGCUCAGUUUGCUCCUGUCCCGUAUCUCGGGACUCUGUGUACGGUAGCUUUGGCUAUAUUCAAUGCAGUCCGAACAGCUAAAGAUAACCAGGAUGUGUUAAAUCAGCUUGCCUUCGCUGCGUGCGAUCUGGUAUAUACUGUUCACAAAACGUACCAAGAUCUAUAUCCACUGCAUCCAUCAUCACUCUCACAACAAAAUCUCAAAACCCAGUUCUCGUCAGAUCCUCUGUUGAAGGAACAUAUAGACGAGCUCAUGCGAGCUCUUAUGGACAUCAAUGCAUGGAUAUCUGAGAAGACCUCAAAAAACAUCUUGCAAAGGCUUAUAUCGUCCCGAGCCGAUGUCAGUUUGAUUGAAAAAUUCAAAUAUCAGUUGAAUGAGACGAAGAAUAAGUUUCAAGCCCAGUCGUUGAUUGUAAUUCGAAGUUAUCUCACUCGAAUGGCGGCUCAGCAAAAUGUAAUACAGGAGGAUGCCGUUCGUGAUAACUAUUUUCCCUCGCAUUCCAGAAUCUAGUAUCUGACGAAACACUCCUCUCUUAUUUUCGCUCAACAGGCUUCUCAUCACAAUUUUUUUCGAGAAAAGUUGAUGACAAUGCACAACGAUAUAAACAGCUCUCGCAUUCGCAUUCGUCGAUCCGUGUCCGUCGAUUCUGGAUUAAGGAUUCCUAUUAUUCCAGUCGUUCACGAAAUCCCAUUCUUGUCAAGAGUCGAUAGCACAUCAUCCCAGUCUACUCUCGUUGACGAGAGUCA